ACCAGUGUCCCAGUGGUCCUUGGAGAGUGAAGGGGACGCCGCUCCUCCUCUAAGUCCGCCUCCACACGCGCUCCCUCUCACUUUCAAAUUGUUGACCUCUUUUUAGUUUCGGGCUGAAUUCGAAAACGAACUGGACGUCUACCGAACCAAGAGCCCCCGCCGUACGGUUUCGUCUAUCUCGUCAUUGAUUUAAGGGUGUGUGCGUGGCCAUGCGACUGAUUUUCAGGCAACCAUAGGCGGUGUUGUCGGAGGACUUUCAAUUAUCAACGCAAACGAGAACGGUUGAGAGUGAGAGAGAGAGAGAGAGUGAGAAAAAGUGUUCUUAAAGGGCAUGCAUCCAACCUCUCCCUUUCAAACGGCCACGAAAACAACAACUAGCAGGGGAAAGAAUGCUUGAGACCGAGCUUGCUUGCGUGCGUGGGAAGCAUUGGACGCCGACGGAAGGAGAGAGAGAGAAAAAGAGAGAAAGAGUAAAUCUUCAGAAGUACCGCUGCGUGGGCGUUGCUGCUGCUGCUGCUCCUCCUUCGACGCUGCAAUGAGAGGUGCGUGUACACCAGCAGCGUCGAUUUAGGCGUUCCGUGGGUCCUCCCUUUGAAAUGAUGGUUUCUGGAAGAGUUCUCUGACGUGAAAAUGGACUGAAACGGGCUAUUAUUAAGCUGUCGGUGCGAUAGUUUAUCGAACGAAAACGGAUAUAUAAUGACACUAAUGUUUAAUUUUGGAAACGAACAUUAAAUAUAUAACGUCAAUAAUGUUUAAUUUUGGAAAGGAACAUUGAAAAUAUAUAACGACAAUAAUGUUUAAUUUCGGAAAGGAACAUUGAAUACAUAAUGACAAUAAUGUUUAAUUUUGGAAAGUAGCAUUGAUCAAUCUUUUGUUAUAUAUCUGAUUUUCAAACGCCGACUCCACCACUGGCAGCAUGAUCGUUUACUGCGUACGAAUGUAUCUCUUACUAAGCACUAUCAUCAAACUAAUAUAACAUAUUCAACUAAUAAUCAAAACUCCAACUUUGCCUUUCGAAACAAAUAAUCAAAAUCCCGCCCAUCACCUAAUGCCGUGAUUGUCUCUUAAAAAAAAAAGGACAAAAAUGUGACACUGGAAGGAUCAAAGUUGAGGAAGAUGACCAGCUUUUAGCUAAUGCAAGGCGGAGAAAAAAAGGCCUUUUGAAAGAAAACCUAAUCGCGAGCCUGACAGUCACCCGUGCACUCGGAUAAAUGAAGGAAAACGAAUGCGACGUGGCGCUGCUGAAGAAGGAGAAUAAGAAGAAGAAGCGGAAGGACGUCAGGAGAAUAAUGACCUGCCUCCCCUGGCUAAGGAUGCGACGCCCCUCCAUCCUGGGGGCGCGUCCCAUGAUUGCAGGAUGUCUCCUGCUGAUUACUGCCUCCGUCAUCAUCACUCUGCAUGCAGGUAUCUGCGUCGGAGGGAUGUGGCGAUGUGGCCCUGAGAAACCCAAACCGGAGGGACCUGGGGCCAUUAUUCAACUGCGGAGGGAUGUCGCUGCCACGCUCAUGAGGGUCGCAGCCGAUGUUCGUUCUGGCAACACCGCAGCCGCUGCCGCAGAGCUGGAGGCCACAGCAGCCCUCUUAGACAAUCGCUACUCGCCUAAAGUGAAGGGACCUCCUCUGACGAAGCCCGGGGCGUAUAUUCCUCCGCCGCUGGGCUCGUCUCCUUCUCCGGCCAUCCAGAUGUUGGCCGACGAGCAGGAAGAGACGCCCAUGGGUCACCCGUUGAAAAGGGGAUCCCGGCGAGACCUGCUCGUCGAGGAAAUGAGAGGGGUCAGCAGCUUUCAGGAACUGAGUGCCAAGACUCUCCGUCAACUGGGCAAAGUAAGCGACGACGAUCACCCUUCCUCAGGGAACUAUUCGCAGCCGCCAUCUCAUGCCCGGGCACAUCAGGAUCGGGGUAACGUUACGAAGUCGCCUUGGUUGAACGGAAAGUCCGGUAAAUCUGAAACACAGGACGUCGACGAUAGAAUUGAAAAGGAGAAGGCGGAGAACCUCAAGCCUAACGAUAACUUCGACUUCAGCAAUGCAGUGAAGUCCGUUUAUCAGAUGUAUAUGCUGCCUGGGGAAGCAGACCUGGAUCUGGGUGUUGAGCCACUGCCGUCUCUCAAAAGUCAGAUAACAGUCUUGGUGGAUGGCUGUGGUUCCUCUCCAGCUUACACCGUCAGUGUAGUGCGGCAGGCUGUUGCCUUGUGGACGGGAAUGGCAGUAAUUGUAGGAGUUGAUGAAGAAAAACGCGCCGAAGUUGAUGAUAUCAGCCACCAUCCGGGAGUGAACGUACUGACAGUCACAUGCGAAAAAUGGCGCGUUGACCUGAGUCUACUGCUGGACCAGGUUACCACGCCUUAUAGCUUGGUGCUGGAUGGCGUAUCGGCCGUGACAGAGGACAUCAACCUCCUCCGCCUGCUUUCCAUUCUCGUCGGACUCCGAAAACUGGGCGUGGGCGUCGUUGGUGGGGCUGAGAGGGGUCGAGACGGCUUUUGGGACUACGCCUGCACACGCCUAACAUUGGACAAUUCACGCCUGAGAUUACGAGACGGAUACGAGUUCUCUAAGGCGGCCUGUCUCUUCUGCGACGUCACGUCCUCUUCUUUCCUGGCGGACACCAAGGUCCUGCGCGAAGUGCCGUUCGACCUGAACAUGCCCCACAGGUCGCAAAUGAUCGACUGGGGUCUGCAGCUCCAGAGGAAGGGGAUCUUAUCCAUGACUUGUCCAGACGUGAUGUUCCACUCCCAGCGGAGCCUCAGGCCGAGAGAGCAACACCGCGAGGUGGACAGGAGCUGCAUCACGAAGGAAGACCGGAAGCAGGCGAGAUCGAUGCUGUGGGCGGUGAAGCGCCAGUACAAAAAGCUCAUACAAAAAUGGGAGAUUAAUAUCGUGAUAUUCAAUAACGGCACAACCCUCGAGUACGACUGCAGGGAAAUGCGCUACGAAUGCAACGCUUAUCACAAAGUGAAGCACUACAUGCUGCCGCCGUGUUGCUUAAAGAUCAAAUACAAGAUGUUCAACACGCUCAACAUCAUCGCGAGAGAAAAUCGCGUCCCGUACGAGAUCAAUUCCGGUACUCUGUUAGGGGCGGUCAAAUUCAAAGACGGUCUCCCGUGGGAUUUCGAUGACGACGCGUACUACCGCAAUUCAGACGUUGAAAUAUUUGUCAGGAACAAAGCUCGCAUGAGACGUUUGGGGCUCUCCCCAUAUUUCAGCGACCAAGUCAACAGGGUCAACUCGUCGAUCGUCAGCAAAUACAUAUAUUCGACAAGUCCGGGAGGAUUUUUCAUGGAUUUAUGGGGCAUCAACAAGAUGCCCUCAGAGGGGACGUUGGAAGCCCUUAGUAAAUACCCGGAUAACCUGCCUUGCCUCCAGCAUGGCCACAUCCCAACCGCUAUCAAGAUGGCAAAGAAUGUCCUGAUGAACAAGACGAGAACUACCAAACCCGGGAGACCCAUCCCGCCCACUUGCUUCCUCAGCUCCAUCUUGAGGGUGGGCUCCAACUUGGUAUCAGGGCCCUGGAACCCCGGCAAAAAGGCUUUAAACCGUUACGGCGACAAUCUCUACCGCCACCAGGGUCACUGGCGCUGGAGUAGCGUCGAAAACCCUGGCUGGAGGCCUUGCCCGCGCCCCGGGCAUCAUACCUGCCUUGAUAUCCAUCCUACGGAUGGCUCCCUUCCUUUCCUUUAAGCGAGACGGUUUAGGAAACUGCCAGACGCCGCCAUGCUGGCGAGACGAGAAGCGCUUCUUGCUUACUGCGUUGAAAGCCGUCAGUUCUCAUCUGUUCUGACAUCCCAUGGGUGUUUCUGCCAAUUCUCUUCAAUGGAAUCCCUUUGCAAUGUGGCAUUUCCCACAUAGUAUGGGCGAUUCGUUGACGCUACGCGGACAGGAGCAGCUUUUGUGCAUGAAAGCAUUUCAACAGCUAUAAAAGUUACUUAUUCCGACCAUCCUAUGGAUGACUGAAAUCUCAGUGACGUUGUAGUCAAUCUUACUUUUUUUUUUUUUUUUUUGCAAUUCGUUUUUUCAACGUUUCCUUUCGAAAGUUAAAUCUGAUGUCCAAACUUCUUUCCCGUUUUCUUUAGGUGUUCACUGAUCCGAUGAGAAAUUGUUCCAUAAUGGAACUGACUUCAGAGAAAACGUUAUCAACCUCAUAUUGCUUCAGCCUCACUUAUAUCCUUUCAUGAUCAAUCGGAUUUUGAAAUAGCUUGAGUCUGGUGAUUGUACAUAUUACGAAAAAAAGUUCAAUGCGUAAAUACUGAUUUGUUUAGAAAUUAUCAAGAUUUUUCUACCAACCGCUAUUUUUUCUCUUCCAUCCUGGAUAAAAAAAAAAAAAUCAUUUUAAAAUCGCACGAAAGCUUAUUAAUGCCUUCAUGAAAUUGAAAGUUCCCAUUAAGAAUCAAACAGCAUAUCAGUCUAUGAAUGUUGAUGUUCAACAGUUGUACCAAUACUCUCCAUGGAAUGGGUUACCGAUAUUUUAUUAAAAGGUUUCCGUGUGAAGUUAAAACCAUUUGAGAAAUCACUUCUCAUUUUCCUAAGCAAUGCAAUUCAAGAAGUGGAAAAGGAAUUAGUCAAAAGUUUUGUAAUAAAGAAUACAUACUGUAUAUCCUCAAUAUCUGAUAGUCUAAUGUUGGCUCUUAGAUAGUCUGAGUAUUUUAAACACCAGAAACUACUGGCUUCCUAUAAUAGUGCAUAAGUUCAUCCUAGGUUAGACAUAUUAGAAUGCAAACUCCCGCUUACAAGGGAAAUAUGUACUCCUUUCAACUCAUAAAUUACCUCAGUACUAAAAUACAUGUAUAUAUGUACAAAUAUUGACACAAACACAGACACGUGUAUAUACUUUGCAUAUAUGAUGAGUAAUGUGAACUUGCAAAUACGUACAUAUAAAUUCGUUGACGUAUGCAUAUACAUUUAAAAGAAUAUGGACAGUCAUUUAUUCUGCUUUACAUUGUCUUAUAACCUACGCCGCUAGCUAAGCGAAAACAAAAACCGUUCGAUAAUAAUCAAACUUAGUAUGUACUACCAAGGAGAUUGCCUUGAUGGCUGCUCAUAUUAUUCCGUUUGCAUAUCCUAUAUACUUUGCAAUUAAUAUUUUCAAAGCUAAUCUCGCUACUGCCAUUAUCACAUUGGAAUUCAAACGCACAAUAAGGCCUUCGCGGGUAUUUCGCUCAAAUGAAAAGAAAGUUAUGUCGUGGGUAAUAAUUUACAAAGUUACUAAACUGAACAAUUGUUAAGGCACAAUUCAAAAAAUUCUAUGUGAAGAUGACUAAGUAAUCCAAGAUUAUCCAGCAACACCAAACCCAAACAAAAAUUUAUUAGCAACAAAGGCAGGAUCUCUUAUAAAGUGAGUAACAACUACGGAAUUCUAUCAGUAGUUUCAAGGAUACCUUGACGUCCUGAAAGUUAAACUUAAGAUACUUGUGUGGCAAAGUACAAGGGAUUGAAAAUGCUUCCUUACUGUUUCUCGUAGCCUCUCGCGAAUUCCGCGAAGAUAAGGACGCGAACGAUCCGAGAAGCCGAGGUUUUACUCUUUUCCCUGAUAAUAUUACCGACCGAGAUGAAAGUAUUCUUUAUGGAGAGACAAUUAUACCUCGUCAUUACCCAUGAAGAUAAAGAAAGUCGAGUAUUUACUCCGUGAAUUAAUGUAAUAUAAUGCAAAAACGUUACCAGUUCAUGGAGGAAACAGUUUUAAAAAUGUACACCUGGAAACAAUCUAUACGACCAUACGGACUCCUCAGAAGUCAUAAGACUAAAUCGCGCACGAGAAAAUACAAGAGUUCUACUCACUUUUGCUGGCUCCUUGCUCCCCAAAUGCAGCUCAUACCAAACUCUUCAAGCCUGUUGCCAAGUAUCCUCGACGAUUGGCUUCCUUACACGACAAACUUUAUUCCUGAAACGAUACAUGACACAGCGAGUUAGUCAUUUGUCUUUCUAGACGUGAUCCGAUCAGCGCACCAGUUGUACGCCUUCAAAUCUCAUUUCCAAGACAAAACGCUAAUUCGAUGGCAAUUUUGAAACGUGAAAAUAAAAAUCUGUAAACAAAUGGAAUACGAACAAGAAAAAACUAUGAGACUGGAGCUUCAGCAUUUACGGGUAAUAUUGUGCACUUCUGCUUCAGUAUUUAAGAAAAGUACAUUCUCACUCCUUUGCACAGACAGGAAAUGAAACAUUCCACGGACCAAAUCAGAGCUAUACGAAAACUAUCAUUCGUAAAAACUGUAAUAUAGCAAAAGGUAAGUUUUAAGGCACUGGGGUUAAACUUAAAAGACCAAAUAGGUUAAAUGAUCAUCUACGAAAUUAGGUUAAGUCAUUUUCUCCUUGUUAUAGAUUAAGAAUGUCAGAAAUUACAAUUAUUCCAUAUUGUACGUCUAGGGAAUCUUCAACAAACACCAAUACUUCACAACUUACAACAAGUAAAAGUACAUCCUAUAUUCAUGUAUGUAUGUAUAUAUACAUAAUAGACAUAUAUAAUUAUGAAUAUAUGUGUAUGUGUAAUGUAUACACAUAGGUAUAUAAAUAUAUAUUUAUAUAUAAAAAAUGUAUGUAUCCACAUAACUACAGACAACGUGUAUCAUCAAAAGUUUUAAAAUAUAUUCCAAUAAAAGUCCAUUAUAAAAGUAGGUAGCACAAGUACGACUUGUAUCAUUAUACGUAGCUUCUUCUUAGCGGUAACAGCAAAUUCUCUAUGAUAUAAUAACGAUUAGUAUUUCAUGAUUAGUAUUUCAUUAGUCCUCCAUAUACUCCAGGAGAUAAUUACAUGGAUAAGUCUUUGCGUAUAAAUCAUAAUGCGUCUACUGCGUUAUUCUUGAUUAUUCUCGCGAGAAAUGUCAUAGUACUAGUUUUUUGCAAUUGCUGUAGAGUAUGAUUUCGUGGGUCAGACAGUAUUCAUUCAACAGGACAUUUAAACCGUUUCUUCUUAUUAAUUUUUAUUUUAACAGACUAAUUUCCUUGUGCUUAAACAUUAGAUAUGUAUCGUCAUAUCCAUUUCAAACUAUUAUUUCGGUGACUAUGAGUAAAAAAAAAAAGUACGGUGUGUCAAAGCAAAUUUACUUCGGCUUCUGAAAGUUACGUGAAUUACGUCCUUUAUUUUUUUACAGAUUUUCGUCGCUGAAACUUUUGACAUGUAUCCGCAUUAUCACUAAACACGGCUUAUAACAAACCUAUAAAUUUCACACACAAAAUUAAUUAAUGAAUUAAAUGAUUUCAGUGUUAUUAGGGUCUCUAUGGGAGACUUGCGCCAAUCUAACAAGUCUCUGUUUAUGGAGUUAUGCCCCUCUCGUUUUAAAAAUGUACUGCCAGUUACUUCACACUCACUCGCCUCUCAAAGACUUUCCUUUCCGUUCAAGACCGAAGUUUUAGAGGGAACAUCAUCAAAACUCAAAAUACCGAUGACUUUGAGACAUUUUUUUUUUUUUAUCUAUAUUACCUCAUAAAUUUUAGUGAGAUAAUGCUGGUCGCUCAUUCAACGUGCAGUUCUGACCCGUAGAAAACAUUUUUGAUUAUCUAAUUUUGUAUAAUAUAGUUCGUAUUUCAAUAGUCUACUUCCGUUUUCAUUUAAAGAGCUUUUUUUUGACGCACCUGACAUCAUCAAUGCAUCGCCAAUAUUCAUCGCAUAAAAAAGAAAGUAGAUUUUUAUUUUGUCGCUUUUAUGCGAAUAGAAAAGCGUUUCGUCCAGUUGGGCCCAAUGCUAGAACUACUCUUACCAAACGAGCGCGGCAGAAACUACCUUAUGUACAUAGGAAACGAUUUUACGUGAAAUCAUUCUUCCUUUAUCAUUUUAAUCAAAUUAGGAAUUUUCCUACAAAUUAGCAAGUACGUAAUUCCCCAACGGAAGUUAUUCCAAUUCUAGUAUUAUGGAAUUCCAUUAGAUUAGCAAGUCGCUUUUCAUUGGGCAGUGUAAAAAGAAAAUGAAACCAUUCGGAUACUCCGUGCGUUAAGGAACUCUUAAUCUAGGUUAAAUUCAAGGAGGAGUGAUCAAUAUGCGAGGAAGUUCCACAACGUUGUACCUGAUCCUCUGUGAUUACUACUUUUGACGUUUCGGUUCUCUCUCUCUCUCUCUCUCUCUCUCUCUCUCUCUCUCUCUCUCUCUCUCUCUCUCUCUCUCUCCAGUCGUUACAACUCAUGCAGUCAGCAUUCCAUUAUUAUCAUAAUACUCUUUGAAAACCGGCACCGCCUUCCUAGUCUAGACUCAAGUCGUUGUCACGAAAGUUGAAAUGAACGUUUUAAGACUGUCCAUCCGUGUUAUAAAUGGAAAAGUGUAUUGAUGCAAAUUCAGGAGAGAGAUCAUUUUUAUUAAUCAAUUUUCUAUGGCAAAACUUGAUCUAUAUUUUGGAGAAACGGCGCUUGUUUUCCCAGUCAGGGUUAGGAGUUGAAGAGUCUCAUUACCAUCAUUUUGCGAAUGGAGUAAAUAUCGAUUCAUGCUAUAAUUCAAAGCAUAAGGCCCCGUAUGUUGGAUAAGUAAUCCAGUCCCUUUGUUAAGUCUAAUCCCGGAGGAUAAAAGAAAAAAUACUAAAUAUAUAUAACAGGUGAGCUUCCCUGGUGGACUACGUUUAUUAUAAACAAUGUUUUAUGUGACACGUAAUAAAGGUUAGUUGUCUUGCUAUAUUAUGCGUCCACAGGUAAUACAUCUUAAAUCUACCGCCUGCAAUAUCAAUGCUUCAACACGUCAAUAAAAACACUUGCAACCAUAAACACCACUCGAUAUUUUGACCGUAUUGAUGAACAACCUAUCUCCAUUUCUCUAGACAUAAUGGACAACAGCGCUAGGGGACGACAGCCACUGUCACUCAACAUGACAAGUGGUUGGACAGCAUCAUCAUUAAUUAGUUGUUCUCGCCCUUCUUCCCUGAAGCACCACCCGUAUCUACAGGCCUUUCCCAUACCUAAAUUGACCUGAACACUGAACACCAACUCCUUACCAUUGAAUAUGGGGCUUUAGUUUCCUUUCAACCUUCAGUUCCUUUGAAACUUUCAGUAAUUCAUUCAUUUCCUAACACGGCUGGAUCAAGAAUUUAUUGACUUUAAUAUUAUUUCCAUUCUCAUGGGUAGCUGAUAAAUUUUCAUGAAUCAAAAUUUUACCGUGUUUACCGUUUUACUCAUUUCUCUUCGAACUAAUCAAAGUACCAAGUGAAUGGGACAAUCUCAGUUCACGAUGCUCUCCCACAAGAUCAUUUACACGGGACAACUAAGGGAAAAGGAUUUACGAGUAAGCUUGGCAUAUUCAACCACAAAUUGUGCUUCAGAUUUACAGCAUUUUAUUUUUAAAUAAAUACAGAAGGCCUUCAGGUCUAACUUUUUCUUAUUCCCAUAUUCACUCUAGUGACAUUCCCAUCAUCACAAAGUAGCCUAUACUAAUAUCCUUUGGCAUCAUUUCCAUAAGUAAAGUGGUGGUACUGAGGCUCCGGCUUUCUUAUUCAACGACUAGCCUAUAACAUUAUUGUUGAAAUUGUUAAUACUAAUAUUUAAAAUAAAUAUAUUUCUCUCGCUAAA